CGAGCGCACCGACUGUGACUCCGCUCCCUCUCUCCUACAUUCAAACAUGGCGAAACUCUUUGCCAUUAUACCACCACCGUCACCGUCACCUUUCUCCAGUCCAUCGCUGUCAUCACCACCAACGCCAUCACCAUCUUCGCCACCAUCAUCACCGUUAUCUCCGGUAGCGUGAUGACCCGCGAGGAUGGAGAAGUUGUCGGCGAGCCUGUCGGAGAUCACUUGGAGCCCGUUGGCGCUGCCGCUGGACGCGGUGGUCAGCAAGUUCCGUCUGCCCACUCUGGUCCGCCUGGCCCACGGUGAAUGUGUGGAGGGUCUGUCAGAGGACGAUGUGGUGCUCUUACACUCCUGCCGUCAGUGGACCACAGUGACGGCCCACAGCUUAGAGGAGGGUCACUAUGUAAUUGGUCCCAAAAUUGACAUCCCUCUGCAGUAUCAGGGCAAAUUCAAGUUGCUGGAUGAAGACCGGGACGUCAGGGAUCCAGUCCAGUAUUUCUCCAGUGUGGAGGAGGUUGCUGGUGCCUUUCCAGACCGAGUUUUUGUCAUGGAGACGAUCACUUUCAGUGUCAAAGUUGUUUCAGGGGAAUUUAGUGAAGACAGUGAGCCCUACAGUUUCACUCUGCAGGCUGGAGAUGAGCUGUCGCUCAUGGGGAAAGCAGAGCUUCUUUGUGCCACUCCCUCAAAGGAAAAGACGGGACUGAGCGCGCUCCUUAGACGACUAGGAAAGACUCCCAGAAGUAAAACGCCCUGCCUGGUCUGCAUGAACCAUCGCACCAAUCAAAGUGUCAGUUUGCCCUUUGGCUGCCGUGGACGCUUCUGCACACGCUCCCCCCUGGAGCAAGGCAUGCUGGGGGGGGAGCACACGGUGCGCAGCAUCAUCGAGAGAGUCCGCCUCCCCGUCAAUGUGUCUGUGCCGUCGAGGCCACCACGAAACCCCUACGACCGUCACGCAGUACGAGAGGGCCACCGCUACAAGCUGCUCAACAUAGUCAGCAAGACGGUGGUGCUCUGCAUGGUUCUCCGCCAUCAGGAAGUGUCCCCCUCCCACUUUUUGUUGCUGCGUUGCAUGCCCCGGUUUAAUGUGGCCGAGGCCUCCGUGCACAAAGCAGCAUUGGAGAGCCUUCUUCUGCGACAUGCGUUUGACCCAGAUGCCUACUCUCGUGCUGUUAGAGAAACUCGGCCAGAAUUGGAGUGUAUGACUGAGGAGUGUGUGAGCCCACGGCGCUCUCGCAUGUGUGUGUCGGGCCAGGACUCAUUGGCACCGGCACUGCAGCGUCUCUCAAUGUGCGGGUAUGUUGGUGGAGUCUCAGACAGCGUAUCUCAGCGCUGCAGGGACUCCCUUGGAGAGCGGCUAGGGGAGGGGCCAGGUGAGGAGAGGGAGUAUGUGACUCCUGAGUGGACUGAGGGUGAAAUGAGGACCAAUGAGGAAAUCCCUUAUGAGGAACUCUGGACCAAUCAAAAUGCAGAGGGCUUAGGAAAGGAACCAAACCUCAUAUCCUUCCAUUCAUCUUCCUCGCUGGACGGUUCUCUUGGUACCGUGGUGACAAGAGUAUCUACCCCGCCACCUGUACCUCCAAAAUCUGAUGCUGUGAGAGAGGAGUGUCGCUAUUUGAUCGCCCCUCCAGUUCCCCCUCGUUGCUCCAAAGGAGGCUCCAUCUCCAGUCCAACUCCCAGCCCUCCUGUUCCACCUCGCUUCCCCAAAACUUCCACCUCCCCGAGACCAAACAUCUCCUUUUACUCCUCUGGACUACAGGACAGUUGCUCCCCCUCUCCCGAUGCCUCCCUCUACUGUUACCCGUGCUCUUGGGGUGACUGCUCUGCCCCUAACCCUACUAGUCCUGAGCCUGUCUCUGGCAUCCCUACAGACAACACAGCAAAUCCUCAGCCUGCACAAGCCACCUGGGCGGAACCAUGGGUGGAUUCCUUCACUUCCUCUGGACUUCGACUCAGGCCGCCACCCCCACAGAGUCGAUUUGCUCCCUUUGGGGCGUUGAACCCCUUCAACCGCCAGUCCCCUUGCCCCUCGCCUGAGCCUGCUCCCAAUUCCACAACAGAUUCUUCCAGAGGCGCAGAGGGUGGUGGGACAUCAACAGGCGUCACUGAGGGGUUGUCCCCGCCGCCUGACCCUACCUGGCGACCUCCCGCUGACCUGUCUGCUCUGUCAUUGGAGGAAGUCUCAGCUUGCCUGCGGUUUAUUGGCCUAUCAGAGGCAGCGGUGUCCGUGUUCCAAAGGGAGCGAAUCGAUGGCAGCCUCCUGGUGCAGCUGACUGAAGAUAUCUUGUCACAUGACUUUCACCUGAGCCGACUCCAUGUGACCAAGAUCACGCAAUUCAUACAGGGCUGGAGGCCCAAAAUCUAAUAUACACACUGUCCUGAGAAUGUGCCUGUUGGCUGCUGAGCCUCCCUGAAUGUGCCUUCCACUGUGACCAACUGGCUGCUGAGCCCAAUGAAUGAAACUGAAGGAAACUACGCCACACUGUGGUCAAACUGUAGAAUUGACACUUGACUGGCUCUAAUGCUUAAAGUCAGACUGACAUGUUUCCUGUCUGAAUCACAGUCUGGCACUAGUUUACUAACAAAUGGCUACAACAGAGAGCUCCAGGAUAAAAGUGCCCUCUUUGGAACUUAAAGUCUGAUUUAAACAAUGUGUGGCGUUCACACCAUUCUACUUAGAAUUUGAUAUGCAGGGGAAAUUUCUAUCAUUUUAUCUUAAAUGAAAUUUGACGAAUGAACAGAAUUUCAGCACUUUUUAGACACUUUAUUUAGUCAUCACUAAGUGUUAAAUUAAUUUCAAGGGUUAGGGUCAAGGUAAUAUAAGGAAUUGUAACGUUUUGACCCUAUACAGGUCAUUUAAACAUCCUUCAAAGAUAUGUUUCACUGAGUUUCAGUGGAAUGUAAUUGGCACAGAUAAAGUGGGAGGUUGUUAGGAGAUGAGACAAAGCUGUAAAUUAAAACUACCUUCAAAAGAAGAAUGAGGAAAAUAUAAAAAAUAUCAGACCUCUGAGCAGUCAUUGACAAAAUUACUGAGGUUUUGGUACUGAUUUUUUGGGGUACAGGUCAGUCUAUGCUUCUGGAGGGAUGAUAUUUUUAUUAAGUCCCUUUAAAGGUAACUAUGAGUGUUAUAGUAAAACUCAGAAAUGGAGUUGUAAGUGUACCUCAGAUUUCUCAUCCACAUAGAUUGAUCAAAGUCCUACAAUAUCAGUAAUUGUCACCACUCAGUUAUCUUGAAAUGCUUAUAUUUCUGCCACUACCUUUGCUGCCUUUUUCACCCACUGUUUUCGAUCCAUCUGUGAGUGCUUUGUUUCUAUUAUAAUCUCUUGUAAGAUCUGCAGAUGACCUAAAAUAAAGACAGAAAAGCAACAGAGAGAGACAGGGGACAAUUCUUCAUUGAACUUUCUCCACCUGGCCGAGCUUGAGGUUAUCAGCACAAACCUCAUCUUCAGAUAGCAGACAUUAGACACUGAUAAUGAAAGCAGUCAAAUUUUUUAAUAAGUUAACACAGCUACUCUUUGCUUUUCUACAUACCAUAAAAAAGCACAAGUUAGUUAAGUGUUGGACGGAACAGCUGUGAAGCUUGUUCAAUGAAUUAAAAAGAAAUUCACAUAAAAAUGUAUAAUAAAGAAACAAAAAAAAUUCUACCUAAAAUCACUGAGUCAGAAAAAUGAGAAUAAACACAACACUUCAGUUUCUCUUCUUAGAGCAUUAAAAAUGAGAUGUUUUCUAAGAGGCCUAACGAUGGUUGGCUUUCAUAUACUUGAUGGCUGCUUCCUUAGUUACACCUUGGUAUUCAGAAGUAUUAAUUCUUUGUAGCAUAGAUUCAACAAAUUGCUGGAAACACUGGCUCACCACAUCCCAAAAAUGCCAUCUGAAUACAGCAAACUGUGUGUUCAAAAACCACAGUUUGAAAUUUCUAUCCUGUUGGAAUUAGCCAUCAGAUUGAUACACUGUGCCCAUAAAGGCAUAGACAUGGUCAGCAAUGUUACUGUGCGGUUGUGGCAUUUAAGUGAUGCUUAGUUGAUAUUAAGGUUAUCCCCUACACCAUUACACCACCAGCAGGAGCCUGAGAAGUUGUUAUGAGCCAGGAUAGAUUCAUGCUUUCAUGUUUAUGCAAAUUCUGACCCUGCCAUCUGAAUGUCACAGCGGAAACUGAGAUUCAGGCAGAGUUUUUUCAGUCUUUGGUUAUCCAAUUUUGGUGAGCCCAUAUUAACUGUGGCCUCGGUUUCAUUUUAGCUGACACCUAGUGUGGUUUUCAGCUGCUGUAGCCUAUCUGCUUAGAAGUUCAACUUGUUGUGCGUUCAGGGGUUUUCUUCUGCGUACUUUGGUUGUAAUGAGUUGUUACGUGAGUUACUGUUGGUUUCCUGUCAGCAUUCUGGUUGUUCUUGGACCUCUGGCACCAAACAAGGCAACUGCUACUUAGUAGGUAUUUUCCCCUUUUUAAAAAAAAAAAAUACUACUCUGUAAAUCCUAGAGAUGGUUGUGUGGCAAAAAUCCCGAUAGAUCAGCAGUUUCUGAAAUACCCAAACCAGCCCAUCUGGCACUAAAAGUCAUGCCACAUUUAGAGUCACUUUAAUCACCUUCCCUCCACAUUCUGAUGCUCAAUUUGAAGUUCAGGAGGUCAUCUUUGCCAUGUUUACAUGCAUAAAUACACUAAGUUGCUGUCAUGUGGUUGAUUAGAUAUUUGUGUUACUGAGCCAUUGAAGAAAUCUGCUAAUGUACAAAUCUGCUGAGAGAGGGGCAGAUGCCCCCCGGCCCCAAACUAGAUCUCUGCUCUUACCUGUAUGUUCUAUUUUAGGGGUGUAUCCUGAUGACAGCAUUGUAAUAUAACUGGCUACACUGAGGGCAAUCACAAAGCAAGAUCAUCCAAAUGAUCCAGAUGACUGACAAUGCAAUUUAUGUUGUUGUGAAUCACUACCUGUAAUUUUUUUACUAUUAUCCCCAGAUUUGAUGGGUUUCAGCCAGGGCAAAAGCUGAAGUCAAGUUUCAAAAGGAGUUUCACUCUGAUCUACUACACUCAUGUAAUACUGAUCUACUCUGCAAUCUUGUAACUACAAAGCCACUGAAGAAAUAAAGGAGAGAUCAAAAAAUAAACCGAAUGACACCUGAUGUUUUAAUGCAACCUUCACUUUUUUUGGUUGUUGGGAGUUUGAGUUAACACUGGUGCCAGAUAGAAUCCAGAUAGCCGGAACAUCUGGGCUUCAUUUGGUCAUGUUGCGGGCCUAACAUGGGUUAUGGCUAAUGUAGCAUAGGUCAGGUGAGGUUGGACACAUUAUCACAAUUUGUAUUAAAAAAAAAAAAAAAAAAAAA